GGCGGGCUCGGCUCGGCUCGGCACGACUCAGCUCGGCAAGUUUUCAGCGGCGGCUGCAGGGGAGUGAUCGGGCGGCAUGCGAGUCUGGAGUCUCAAUCCCCGGAGAGAGGAACGGGCUUCACCGAGCAGCAACAGCCGUCUACCCUCCUCACACCAUGGCAUCGUUACCCGAAGUACGCGGCAUCUCCACGGAUGAGGAAGGAUCUCGAAUUCUAAGAGUGAGAAUUUUAGCUGGAAUGGGCCUGGCGAAGAAGGAUAUUUUGGGAGCCAGUGAUCCCUACGCUAAAGUGUCUCUGUAUGAUCCAAUAAAAGGAGAACUUGCCAGCGUUCAAACCAAAACCAUUAAGAAGACUUUGGAUCCUAAGUGGAAUGAAGAAUUUUAUUUCCGAGUUCAUCCUGGGCAUCAUCGGAUUCUCUUUGAAGUGUUUGAUGAAAAUCGAUUGACCAGGGAUGAUUUUCUGGGCCUGGUGGAUAUUCCUCUUCAUCAUAUUCCGACGGAAAAUCCGAACUUAGACAGACCAUAUACAUUCAAGGAUUUUAUUCUCCAUCCCAGAAGUCAUAAAUCCAGGGUUAAAGGCCAUCUUCGAUUAAAGAUGACCUAUUUGCCUAAAAGUAAUGCCUCUGAAGAUGAUGCUACAGAGCCAAGUGAUGAUUUGGAGCCAGGCUGGGAAAUUCUGGACCAACAGGACAUGGCUGCCCACAGUCACCCGCCCCCUGCGUUACCUAGUGGCUGGGAAGAGAAGCAGGAUAAUCUGGGGAGAACUUAUUUCGUCAAUCACGAAACUAGAACAACCCAAUGGAUUCGACCGAGUUCUCAGGAUUGUACACCUGAAAUGAAUCAUUGUCGAAACAACAUCCAGCUGGAGGCUCAGCGUAUCUACAGUACACGCAGACAGAUUUCAGAAGAAACAGAAUCUUCUGAAAAUAGAGAUUCUCCAGAUGGCUGGGAAUUGAUCACCGAAGAUGAAACUCAAUUUGCCAGCUCUAAUCCGCAGUCACCACCUCCUCCCCAUACGCCUACCGGACAAAAUGUAAGCUUUGACUUGCAAAAUCAACUUGCAGAAGAACUUAGCCGUCGAUUCCAGGCUACUGGGUGUACAGAUCGCCGCAGCUCCAGCUCAAGUCAUUCCAGUAGGCAAGGGAGUUCACAGACUACUCUGGAAGAACAGCCAGUACUGCCUGUUAUUUUACCCACUUCUAUGGGGUUGCCACCUGGUUGGGAAGAAAAGAAGGAUGACAAAGGAAGAACGUACUUUGUCAAUCACAAUAACCGGACCACAAGUUGGACAAGACCCGUGAUGCAGACCACCAAAGAAGCAGUGCAGCCUAAUCCCAGUCGGAACCCCACAGUCUAUGUUCCUCAGUCAACAUCCCCUCCGAAUGCUCCAGAAUAUUCCCCAAACAAUCAACGUAAAUAUGAGCCGGGCUUUCUCCCUCCUGGAUGGGAGAUCCGCUCUGUAACCAAUGGUAGACCGUUCUUCAUUGACCACAACACCAAAAGCACAACAUGGGUAAGGAGAGUUCUUGUUGGUACAGCAGAUUACAAAGGAACCAAGGAGGAUCCAAGAUUGAAGAUUCCAGUUCAUGUCCGGCAACGUCCACCUUUAGAUCCUUCAGAUCUUGGACCACUUCCUCCUGGUUGGGAAGAGCGUGUACACUCUGAUGGCCGCAUUUUCUAUAUAGACCACAAUACCAAAGUCACCCAGUGGGAAGACCCUCGCUUACAGAAUGUGGCCAUCACUGGACCGGCAGUGCCUUACUCGAGGGAUUACAAACAGAAGUAUGAUUAUUUCAGGAAAAAGUUGCGGAAGCCGACUGAUGGUCCAAAUCGGUUUGAACUGAAGCUGCGUCGUAACACAAUCUUGGAAGACUCUUACAGAAAAAUAAUAUCUGUAAAGAGAGUAGAAUUCCUUAAAGCCAGACUCUGGAUUGAGUUUGAUUCUGAAAAAGGAUUGGAUUAUGGUGGUAUUGCCAGGGAAUGGUUUUUUCUCCUUUCCAAAGAGAUGUUCAAUCCAUAUUAUGGGUUGUUCGAAUAUUCUGCCACGGACAAUUACACCUUACAGAUAAACCCAAACUCUGGACUAUGCAAUGAGGAGCAUGUAUCUUACUUUAAAUUCAUCGGGCGUGUAGCUGGAAUGGCAGUAUUUCAUGGGAAAUUGUUAGAUGGAUUUUUUAUCCGACCCUUGUACAAGAUGAUGCUUCAGAAACCAAUAACAUUGCAAGAUAUGGAGUCAGUGGACAGCGAGUAUUAUAAUUCACUGAUGUGGAUUCUUGAAAAUGAUCCAACGGAUUUGGAUCUUCGGUUCGUGGUUGAUGAGGAGCUGUUUGGUCAGACUCAACAGCAUGAACUGAAACCUGAUGGAUCAGAAAUAUUGGUUACAAACAAAAACAAGAAAGAGUAUAUUCACCUUGUGAUGCAGUGGAGAUUUGUCAAUCGAAUCCAGGAGCAGAUGAAUGCUUUUAAAGAGGGUUUCUUUGAACUGAUCCCACAAGAUCUCAUAAAAAUAUUUGAUGAGAAUGAAUUGGAGCUGUUGAUGUGUGGACUUGGAGAUGUGGAUGUGAAUGACUGGAGGGAGAACACAAAGUACAAAAAUGGCUACAAUGCGAACCAUCCCGUCAUGCAGUGGUUUUGGAAGACUGUGCUGUUGAUGGAUUCAGAAAAACGCAUUAGAUUCCUGCAAUUUGUGACUGGUACUUCACGAGUGCCCAUGAAUGGAUUUGCUGAACUGUAUGGAUCGAAUGGACCACAGCUAUUUACCAUUGAGCAGUGGGGAACACCUGAAAAAUUACCAAGAGCUCACACAUGUUUCAAUCGUCUGGAUCUGCCGCCUUAUGAAUCAUUUGAGGAACUACGAGAGAAACUUAACCUGGCGAUAGAGAACACUGAGGGCUUUGACGGCGUGGACUGAAUGACCACAGCUGGUGGAUGUAGCUUGGUCACAUAAUGCAACAAAUGUACUGAAGUACAAAUCCAAUUAUCUAGCAAUGGAACUACCAGGUUAAUUCACGUAUGCAGGAAAAUAUGUCUUAUUGUUAAGCUAAUAAAUAACUAACAGACUAAGUAUUCAGCAAGCAUUUACAUUUCCCUGAAAUGUUUGUCUUUGAAGUUAUGAUUUUUAUGUUUUAUUUUGUUAACUGUUGAAUAUUGCUUUGACACGCGUAACUGUGGCGAUACAGUUAGUAUAGUUUGUUUUUUUAACUCCCAAUCACUUCAGUGACCUCAUGAUCUUGAUGUAGUUCAGGAUCAAUGCUGUACAGCGCUCAUGAAGAUUCAAUAAUCUGUGCCACUGUCAACCAGUGCUGUGCAGUAACAUGUACCGCUUCCCCAGCCUCUGCUACCAUGGUUGCAGUGUUCAGUCAUUAUAAUUUGGGUCACCAGUGCCCAAAUGCAACUUGGUAACCUUGUAAUUUUUAGCUAACGUAUGUAGCAUAACUCUUAAGUUUGCCCAACGAUGAUUUUGUGUAGGUUAAAAAUUGCUGACCUUGUACAGCUUAACUUUAAAAAUAAAUGGGCAAAUUACUGUGAAAAUCGAAGGUAAACCUGGAGUCUGAAGGGAGAUUGGAUAUAUGGAGAUCUAGUGCCAAAUUUAGGUUUUAGAAUGUAAUUUGGUCGCAAGCAGCAAACUGUUGUUUACUUCUGAAAUCUUUUUUGAUCUUUUGAUAACACCUUCAGAAAAUGUGACUAUGAUGAAUAUAACUCUAAUUAUUGAUGCUUUCUGAAACAAUCUUGUAUUUUCCACUUUACCUCAAUCUUGUUUCUUGAGGAUUCCAGAUGCUGUACUUAAUACUUAACAGAUGUUGGUUGCAGAAUUUGCGCUUGUCAGCUUACUUAAUUAUGGUGGCUUGUCUAUUGGUAUGCAGAGGGAGGACAGAGGCUGCUGAGGAUGUUGUCAAUGUGCUAUGUUUACAUGGUGGAAUACACUAUACACUAAAUCCCCCCCCUUAUUAGUGUUCUUUUAAAAGUGAAGUUCAGCAAAACUUUUCUUUAGGAUUCCAACAAGUUGAAAAAUCUAAAUUGUUACCCGAAUUAAAACAAUAUUCUGUGUGGCCUUUUUGCGGAGCAAGUUACAGCUUGCGAAUUGGACCUCGUCCAAAAUAUGGGGUGACCUAUAUUUCUGAUGAAACAAAAUAUGCUUGACGUUUUCUGAGUUUUUAAAAAAAAGCAUGAAGCAUAAAGCCUGUCAUGGAUAAAAACAAUUACGUCCUCAUCUCUGGAUAAACAAGUACUGAUUUAUAGCAGGACAGAAAUUGCAAGACUGAACUUGAAUUUUUGUAGAUGGAUUAACGUGUCCAUAUCAAGCUGAUUACAGCUGAUGCAGGCAAUCAGAAUUCUUAAGAAAUGGUGAUUUAACCACAAAUAUUGUCAAAGAUGUAUUUUCAUUUCAGGAUGCAGAAUUGAUUUGAAUAUUGUAACAAUUGGACUUUAUGCAAGUGAGUUUUUCAUACCGUAAAACAAAUGAUUAUUAAAGUUACCCUUCAAUUAUAGUUUAUUAGGCAUUUAUUUCUAGUUGUGUGUAUAUAUUACAAAGCAUAGUGAUUCCAAAUUGUACAUCUACCUUAAAUUAUAUUUGUGUUCUGCACAAUAUAUAUUCACUUCAGAUUUGUAAAUAUCUUACGGAAAUAAUCCACUAACUUUUAUAGUUAUAUUAAAAAAGAUGAUGCAUGCGUUAUUAUCUUUCAUAUUUAAGGUUGUAUUUUAGAAUAGAAUCUGAAACAAGAAAGGAGUGGAUGGAAACUAUUUUGUAAAUACAUUGUGCACUUACAAUGACAUGAAUUAAAUUCAGCUGGAAAAUUGAUUUUGUGCACCACACUGGGGAAGCUGAUGUAUGUACAGUCUAUUUAUAAUAAAACACUCGUUUUCAUGGAAA